UUUUCACACUGAGCAGGCGCUACAAAUUCAAAAGAUUUGAUAUUUCAUUAUUAUCGACAAUUAUUACCUGCUUUAUUCGGUAAAAUAUGAAUUUCAAAGCAAACGAAUUUGAAUUGUAUCUCAAAAGUGCGCGCGCAUUUAUUUAAAGGAGCCGGCUUUGUUUGCGGGGCAACACGCCACACACCGAAGCCGAAGUGAACCUGUCGAACACGUUCUUGCACGUCUUGUGACAGUAGUGGCAAUGAUGCUUGCAUCAUAAAAUUUAUGUUCUAGAUAACAAAUAAAAUAAGCCGCGGGAUGAUUAGGAAUCACGUAUGGAGAUUGAGUCUCCUUGUCAGGGGAUGCCAGUAUUGUCGCUCUUCGAUAACGGUGACGCCGAAAUGCUCGACGUGGCUCACCAGGCGACCUGUUUCGAAUGUCAGCGCGAGAUUCAUCAAAAAUACCGGUCGAAGGUGGCGAAUUAUCGUUCCAACUGGAGCUGGCCUGUUACUUGCGGCAACGCAAUGGGACUACCUGCACAAACACGGAUAUCGGAUUGACGUGGAUGACAGGCCGGAACUGCUGAACGACGUUAUGGUAACGUGCUACUGUUGUUUACCAUUGAGGACGAUCAGCAGAAUAUGGGGCUGGUUGACGAGUAUCGAGCUGCCGGUCAGUCUGCGGCCGAAGCUUUACGGAUUCUAUGCAAAUUUGUUUCAUGCCGAUCUAGAUGAGAUAGAGUUGGAUCUGUCUGCGUUUCCUAAUCUUGUGGAAUUCUUUGUAAGGAAGCUCAAGCAAAAUGCGAGACCGAUCGCUGAGAAUGCAAACAUGAUCUCACCUGCGGACGGAAAGGUGCUUUACUUUGGACCGGUGGAGUCUUGUCGAGUGGAGCAAGUGAAGGGAGUAACAUAUGAUCUUAGACAGUUUCUGGGCGACCCAAAUAGCUUCCGAACGUUGAAUCAAAUCGCGAGAGAAACGACAAUGCACAAGGACGACUAUGUUAAUUCACUUUUGAAAAAUCCUGACAACAGAUUGUACCAGCUUACCAUUUACUUAGCACCUGGUGAUUACCAUCGAUUUCACAGUCCCACUGAUUGGAACAUUAAAUUCCGACGGCAUUUUCCAGGAAAGCUACUGAGCGUUAAUCCGAAGGUGCUCAAAUAUCUGCCUAACUUGUUCUCGUUGAACGAGCGCGUUGUAUACGUUGGGGAAUGGGCAGGUGGGUUCAUGGCUUACGCAGCGGUCGGAGCGACGAACGUCGGCUCCAUACGAGUCUACUGUGACAAGGGAUUGGCGACCAACACGAUACACUGGCCAGAAGCCGUGCACUGGAAGGAGACAAACUUGGAUUGCGCACGCGUCAUCAAAGGCGAACUGUUCGGUGAAUUCAGGCUUGGAUCCACGAUUGUGCUUUUGUUUGAGGCACCGCAAGACUUUGAAUUUUGUCUGCAGAUCGGUCAGACUAUUAAAGUUGGUCAGGCAUUGAGUGCAUUUUCUAGCGACAAGUCUAACAAAAAGCAGACAGUCGAACAACAGCACUUAAUUAUGAAUGUCGCACAUGAUUGGAGAGAUAUAUGGAGGCCUAGAAUAUAGAAAAACGAAGUUAACAAGUAGGAACUAAUUUUAUUGGAGAAUCAAAGAGAUGUAUUGUUGAAAUCGUGUACACUUGCGUCUUUGCGCGAAGUGUACGUACUGUAGAUGCAAUAAUGAGAAGAGAACACUAGAAUCAUGAGAGACUCGAGUUUUUCAGUUUUCUCGAAUAAGUAUCGAUCCUGUGAUUAUCUUUGUAUAUAGCCGCUGUUCGUGCGCGAAACAGUCGUCAUCUCAUGCAAUCUGAAAUUAUAUAUAAAUACAUCUCUUGUUAUAUACACACAAUUACACUUAUUCGUUACUUUAAUUGUGUGAUGCUUAGCAUCACGCGAGAAACGGUGAUUUAUAAUGGAUUUGACACAGUUGAUUUAUUACGGCCGAGUAGAUGUGUUACUGUGCAACGUAACGUCUCCUCUGUGUGAAAUUUCACACAAUGAAAAGUCAACUGAGCGAGCCCGUUAAUAUGAGAAAACGUACUUUUCUUGUGCGUCACUGCUAAUGGAGGUCGGAUCGUAAACUCUUUUAGUUGCAUGCCAAAUCGAUCUUUGUUUGCAGUUAAGUCGGUCGGUCAAGGCCGCUAGAUGUGAAACACUUUCUUCAAUUAAAACUCUAACUCCUUUUUUUAAACUAGAAAGUAACACAGGCACGUUGUGUGUAUACUUCGAGUACCUGCGCGCGCAAACGCGGCGCCGAUCUUAUAUGCUGACCCUGUUAUAUUUUUAUAGUAGUAUUUUUACUGAUUCUCUUUGUCGUUAAUAUUAAUGUUACUGUUUCAAGAAAAUUUAUAGCAAAUUGGAGUGUCUUUUGACUGCACUUUAGUCUGGAAUUAAUUAUAAUAUGAAUUGCGCGGAUAUAUUUUAUGAUAUCUAUUUUAUGAUAUAUAUGCAACGCAUAAAAUAAUAAAAGGACCAAUUAUAAAGA